AUGUCUAAUGAAAUGAAUAGUUUAAGUAAAUAGUUUACUAAAACUAAACAUAUUACUCUAAAUGAAGGUAAUGAUAGUUAUGAAUUAUUUCAUUAAUAAUUUAUUAGAUAAAAAUAAUUAAUAGUGAAUAAACAUUGCAAUUAUGUAAAUUUAAUAAGAAAGACACAAAAAGGUGAAUUUAAAGUUGAGUAGUCUAUUCAAUUUAAUACAUAAAGGUUAUAUGGAUAAAUGAGUGAUGAUGGAGAGUAUUUGAUUACUUGGGAUUAUUAAUCAAAUGAAAUAUAAAUUAGGAAAUACAAAGAAGAAUGA